UUCAACGGCCUCCGCCUCCAGUCUCCCCGAAGUCGUCGCUCCUCUCUCUCUCUCUCUCUCUCUCUCUCUCUCUCUCUCUCUCUCUAUACUUGGGAAAGCGUUCCUUCCGAUCCGCAUCGCCGGCCCGGUGGACUGUUCUUCCGGGCAUCUUGAUCUAGCUCCGAAUCCCUCCGUCGAAGCUGCCUGUCAUCCGAAUCUGUAGCUCUCUUGAGCGAGAUGGGUGUCGGCACUUGGAUUUCGCUUCUUAUUGCAUUCGGAUGCCUAUUCGGAGCUCUUAAUGCCAGCGCUGGCGACGCGGAUUCGCUCUACAGAAAUUGUGUUGGGCAAUGUGAAAAGACUGGAGAUAUUGGGGACCAAUCCAUUCGGCACUGCCAGUUUCAAAACAGUGAUGUGCCUCUCGACAGUUCAUGGUAUAUGCAAGAGCCACUUUACUUGCAAUGGAAGCAACUGAACUGCAGGAGUGACUGCCGGUACUACUGUAUGAUGCAGAGAGAAAAUCAACAGGAAAAACUUGGUCAACAUCCUGUUAAGUAUCAUGGAAAAUGGCCUUUCAAACGUGUAUUCAUUUUCCAGGAGCCUCUUUCUGCUGUCCUCUCGGCAUUCAAUCUAUUGAUGCAUUUCAUUGGCUGGCUAACCUUUUUCAUCUUACUACGUUACAAGUUACCUGUUAGGCCUCAGAGUCGGAGGACAUACUAUGAAUACAGUGGAUUGUGGCAUAUAUAUGGUGUCUUAUCCAUGAAUGCUUGGUUCUGGAGUGCUAUAUUCCAUACUCGAGACUUUGACUUGACGGAAAAGUUGGAUUAUUCAUCUGCUGUGGCUGUGCUUGGCUAUUCACUCAUUUUGUGUUUACUAAGGGUAUUCGAUGUGAAGGAUGAGGCUUCGAGGGUCAUGUUUGCAGCCCCAAUUUUAGCCUUUGUGACUACACAUAUCUUGUACCUCAACUUCUAUGAAAUGGACUACGGGUGGAAUAUGAAAGUGUGCCUUCUGAUGGGUGUUUCUCAACUUCUGAUGUGGGCAAUUUGGGGUGGUGUAACUCGUCAUCCUUCACGUUUCAAGCUCUGGGCAGUUGUAUUCGGAUGUUCUCUCGCAAUGCUUUUGGAGAUCUAUGAUUUCCCUCCUUUUCAUGGAUACGCCGAUGCCCAUGCUCUGUGGCACGCCACCACCAUUCCCCUCACGUACCUCUGGUGGAGUUUCAUCAAGGAUGAUGCCAAGUUCAGGACAUCAGCUCUUGUGAAGAAGGUCAAGUAACUAACUCUUUCUCGACUGCCUCUAUAUCGGCCAAAUGCCAUGAUCAGCAUGAAAGAGCAGGUAAUGUCAUCAUCCACUUGUAUGUUCUUGAUUUGUUUCCAAUGCAGUGUUUAGUUGUCAAAUAUGAAUAGAGAUGCUUGUUUUUGUUUUAGUUUCUCUGAAUUCUGCACUCUUGUUAAGACGAAGUGUGCUUGUUUUCGUUUUGAAAUUAAUUUAAGGUGAUCGAUUGUUUUUCA